AUGACCGCUCCCUGGCGGCGCCUCCGGAGUCUGGUUUGGGAAUACUGGGCCGGGCUCCUCGUGUGCGCCUUCUGGAUCCCGGACUCGCGCGGGAUGCCCCACGUCAUCCGAAUCGGAGGAAUCUUUGAGUAUGCCGAUGGCCCCAACGCCCAGGUCAUGAACUCAGAGGAGCAUGCCUUUCGAUUUUCUGCCAACAUCAUCAACAGGAACCGGACGCUGCUGCCCAACACAACCUUGACCUACGACAUCCAGAGGAUCCACUUCCACGACAGCUUCGAAGCCACCAAGAAGGCCUGUGACCAGCUGGCCCUGGGCGUGGUGGCCGUCUUCGGGCCGUCACAGGGCUCCUGCACCAGCGCCGUGCAGUCCAUCUGCAACGCCCUGGAGGUGCCGCACGUCCAGCUGCGCUGGAAGCACCACCCGCCGGACAACAAGGACACCUUCUACGUGAACCUCUACCCCGACUACGCCUCCCUCAGCCACGCCAUCCUCGACCUGGUCCAGUACCUCAAGUGGCGGUCGGCCACCGUGGUCUACGACGACAGCACAGGGCUCAUCCGGCUGCAGGAGCUGAUCAUGGCGCCGUCGAGACACAACAUCCGCCUGAAGAUCCGCCAGCUCCCCAUCGACUCCGAGGACUCCAGGCCCCUGCUCAAGGAGAUGAAGCGAGGCCGCGAAUUCCGCAUCAUCUUCGACUGCAGCCACACCAUGGCGGCCCAGAUUCUCAAGCAGGCCAUGGCCAUGGGCAUGAUGACGGAGUACUACCACUUCAUCUUUACCACACUGGAUCUCUAUGCCUUAGACCUGGAGCCCUACCGCUACUCUGGGGUGAACCUGACGGGCUUCCGCAUCCUCAACGUGGACAACCCCCACGUCAUGGCCAUCGUGGAGAAGUGGUCCAUGGAGCGGCUGCAGGCAGCCCCGAGAGCCGAGUCGGGCCUGCUAGAUGGAGUGAUGAUGACGGAUGCAGCCUUACUCUACGACGCCGUCCACAUCGUGUCUGUGUGCUACCAGCGGGCGCCCCAGAUGACCGUCAACUCCCUGCAGUGCCAUCGCCACAAGGCCUGGCGCUUCGGUGGCCGGUUCAUGAACUUCAUCAAGGAGGCUCAGUGGGAAGGAUUAACUGGACGGAUUGUUUUCAACAAAACCAGUGGCUUACGGACGGAUUUCGAUCUGGACAUCGUCAGCCUGAAGGAGGAUGGCCUGGAAAAGGUGGGGGUGUGGAGCCCCACCGAGGGACUCAACAUCACAGAGGUGGCCAAGGGCCGGGGCCCCAACGUCACCGACUCUCUGACAAACCGGUCACUCAUCGUCACCACCGUGCUGGAGGAGCCCUUUGUCAUGUUCCGCAAGUCCGACCGGACGCUGUACGGGAAUGACCGCUUCGAGGGCUACUGCAUCGACCUGCUCAAGGAACUGGCCCACAUCCUGGGCUUCUCCUAUGAGAUCCGGCUGGUGGAAGACGGCAAGUAUGGAGCGCAGGAUGAGAAGGGCCAGUGGAACGGCAUGAUCAAGGAGCUCAUUGACCAUAAGGCCGAUCUGGCGGUGGCCCCACUGACCAUCACCCACGUCCGCGAGAAGGCCGUUGACUUCUCCAAGCCCUUCAUGACUCUGGGCGUGAGCAUCCUGUACCGCAAGCCCAACGGGACCAACCCCAGCGUCUUCUCCUUCCUCAACCCCCUGUCGCCAGACAUAUGGAUGUACGUGCUCCUGGCCUACCUGGGUGUCAGCUGUGUCCUCUUUGUCAUCGCCAGGUUCAGCCCCUACGAGUGGUAUGACGCCCACCCCUGCAACCCGGGCUCCGAGGUGGUGGAGAACAACUUCACUCUGCUCAACAGCUUCUGGUUCGGGAUGGGCUCCCUCAUGCAGCAAGGCUCGGAACUGAUGCCCAAAGCCCUGUCCACCCGCAUCAUCGGGGGCAUCUGGUGGUUCUUCACCCUCAUCAUCAUCUCCUCCUACACGGCCAACCUGGCGGCCUUCCUGACUGUGGAGCGGAUGGAGUCGCCCAUCGACUCCGCCGACGACCUGGCGAAGCAAACCAAAAUCGAGUACGGGGCAGUCAAAGAUGGAGCCACCAUGACCUUCUUCAAGAAGUCCAAGAUCUCCACCUUCGAGAAGAUGUGGGCCUUCAUGAGCAGCAGGCCCUCGGCGCUGGUGAAGAACAGCGAGGAGGGCAUCCAGAGGGCCCUGACGGCCGACUACGCCCUGCUCAUGGAAUCCACGGCCAUCGAGUACGUCACCCAGAGGAACUGCAACCUCACCCAGAUCGGGGGCCUCAUCGACUCCAAGGGCUACGGCAUUGGCACGCCCAUGGGCUCUCCGUACCGGGACAAGAUCACCAUCGCCAUCCUCCAGCUGCAGGAGGAGGACAAGCUGCACAUCAUGAAGGAGAAGUGGUGGCGGGGCAGCGGCUGCCCCGAGGAGGAGAACAAGGAGGCCAGCGCCCUGGGCGUCCAGAAGAUCGGGGGCAUCUUCAUCGUCCUGGCCGCCGGGCUCGUCCUGUCGGUGCUGGUGGCCGUGGGCGAGUUUGUGUACAAACUCCGCAAAACUGCCGAGCGGGAGCAGCGUUCCUUCUGCAGCACAGUGGCCGACGAGAUCCGCUUCACCCUCACCUGCCAGCGCCGAGUCAAGCACAAGCCCCAGCCCCCGCUGAUGGUCAAGACGGACGCCGUCAUCAACAUGCACACGUUCAACGACCGCCGGCUCCCGGGCAAGGACAGCAUGACGUGCAGCUCAUCGCUGGCCCCGGUCUUCCCCUAGGCCCAGGCCAGGCAGGGACCUCAGGCCUAGGGCAGGCGAGGGGCGGCGGGGAAAGCAAAGGAUCCGGGAGGGACGUGCCCUGUCCCCACCCUCGGCUUGGGGACCAGAGCUGCUGCCUGCCUGUUGGGCUGGGAGCCCCUGUGCCCCCCCACCUGGACACCAGCAGCCUCAGGCCUGCUGCUGUGGCGGCAUUCGCCUCUCAUUUCAUCUAUGAAUUGCUGAAGCUGCCCGCUGAGACAGCCAUGGCCAAAGGAAGCACAGCCCCCUCUCAGGCCAAACCCGCCUCUGAAGCCAGGACUCGCUGCCACCGCCCUGCAGGGGCCCCAGGAAACAAGGGAGGACUCACGCUGCCUCCCCUUCUCCGGGUCCGGGGCCUCCUCCCGUGGGCCCAAUGGCGAGUCCAGAGACACAGCCCUGGGUGACCUAAAGACGUGAGAGCUGUCCGUGUGAGCCGAAGGACUGGGCAGAAGGAAGAUUGCAGCUCUCAGGAGCCGCUCACAGGAUCCUGGCCAUGGGGCCUUGGUUCCCACCCCCACCGUGGCAGCCCCUGCCCUGGCAAGUCCGAGGCAGAGCCAGUGCCCCGGAGAAGAGAGGAGAGGACGUGGGGUCAGGCAAGGGGGACACGGUACUGGCAGAGGCUGCCAUGGUGAAUGCUCAUGCCCCACAUCUCAGCCGCUGCCAUCCCUCUGGGAAGUCUCUAGGGGAGUAAGUGGUACGGGGUGGCGGCAGCUUCUCUCCACUCUCCGGCCAGAGGGGGACGGGCCCUCUACACCCCUCCCAGCAGGUGCCCAGAGACUCGGCCCAGCAGAGGUGCUCUGGAGUCCCAGGCAAGGGCACAGGCCCGAGGCCAAUGGAGCUUCCCUUCCUGGGGACCCAGCCCCACCUGUGGGGCUUGGGUUCUUUCCUGUCUACGCAUCAGCAACUCUCCAUCCCUGGCCACUUAACAGUGGCCUCCCUCAGCCAGCUCCGCAAAACAAGAGUAGGCUUGUCUGGGUUGAAGUGGAAGCCAGGUCCCCCAGCUCCACCCCAGAAUAGGGGUCAGGGCCCUACGACUUGAGCCAGCUGAGCCAGCCCUGGGAAAGGUCGAGGAAGCCAAAGGGGGCCCAAAGAACUACUGGCCCCUAGACUUGCCAAACCUGAAGAUGAUGUCCAGGAGAGAACGCUAGCUCUCAGGGGCGGAGGCUCCAAGGGUGGGGAGGGAAAACUGCCUCCUGGGAAUUGACCAAAGACCCCACACAGAGACACCUGCAGCCCUUGUGCAGAGCCACCAGGACCUGUGGGGCUUACAGAAGACAGUGGAGUAGCAGCAGGUGAGGGGGUAGACCAGGUGCUCGGUGGUGCCACACCCACUGAGCUGCAAUGCUCUGGAAGUAGGUGAUUUUAAGACACCGGACCAAGAAGGAGAUGUCGAAGGGUUGGGAACCAAGUGUCCUUAAAGAGAACGUGAUGGGGUCAGUGGAGCUUCCCAUGGCCAAGUCCAUUGGGCUGCCUUUGAGUAGUGGAUGAAUGAUGCCGCUUCUGGGCAGGGGCCCAGGGGUGCCCAGCUGCUCCCUGCCAUCCCUCUCCUGUUUCUCUUAGGGAGCCUAGUUCGGGAAGAGCUACCUUAAACCAAGAGAACCUUCUCAGCGGCGGGGGGGUGGGGGGGAUCUGGCUGUCCAGAAGGCCACAGUGGGCUUGCAUGGUCCAUUUUGUCCCUCCUCCAAACCCCCUGCUGCAGGACCCAACCAAGUGGUUCCUAAAACCUCCACAGCAGUGCCAGG